AUGCUUAUCGUACAGUUGAUCUUGACAGACAACAAUGUUAAACGUGUUUUAUUUCUACGAUUGGUUUCUGAUGAAAUUCACAACAAAAUAUCAGUUUUUAACAAUUUUGAGAAUCAACUGCAUUUACAUUGUAACCAUUUGCACAAGCUUUUGUCUGUGAAUGAUUUAGCUGUUAAUGAAAGUGACACAAACGCAGGAAUAAAUGCCUUCAAUGAUCCAGGUGAUAUAGAUGACAUAUCUCCCGUUUUAGAUUCAGAAACUCUCUGUACAGUGUUUAUUAAACUAAAACAAAUGUAUGAAGGUAACUGCAUGAACAACUCAAGUGUUGCUGUUGGUGAAAAUGAUGUGAACUCAGAAUUUGAUCAGAUGUCCUUCAUCAAUCGUCCUGGUCAAAAUGAUGUCACCGAUAAUCAUGAUAAUGUUCCAGGUGUUACAGAGGAUAUAUCUCCCGAAUUCCAAAGACAGCGAAAAUGCUCAUUCAUAUAUGAAUUCUUUCACCCUCAUAUACAGGAUUGCAUGAACAACUCAAGUGUUGAUCGUCCGUAUGAAAAUGGAAAUUAAUCCAAGGACAAGAAUA